UUCACCUCUCUCUCCCUCUCUUCACCCCUCCUCAGAUCCACCCGCUGCUGCUCCUCGAAUCCGCCCGUCGCUCCCAUCCCCAGCGCGAGGGCAGCCUUCGCAUCCUCCUCCUCCCUCCCCUCUACGGCGACCUCCAUCUUGGCGACUGGCGUGGACUACGACGACCGCCAUCCCCAACGGCUCCGUCCAAUGCCCACCGAAGGUUAAGCAAUGAUACUGGACUUUAUUGACCUGUCCAGUGAUGAUGAUAAGGUGGUUGCACAAUAUGUUGACUUGACUAGUGAUGAGGACGAUUUUGAAGGAGAGCAUCUUGCUUAUGGACAAGGGACAUUACAGAUUCAAGGACUUGGAGCAUUGAUGGACAAGCCAAUGCUGCCCAGAGCACUGCAAUAUUACAGAUGCAAGAAGUAAGAGCAGAUGAUGGACAAGCCAAUGCUGCCCAGAGCACAAAUACUAUGCAAGAACUUACUGUAGAUGAUGGGCAAGGCGAUGCUGCUCAGGGCACAGCGACAUUACAGGUGCUGGCUCAGAAGACAAAGGAGGCGGAGAUCACAGGCACAUAAUUUGCUGCCUCAAGCCAUCAAAACCAAUGCAGAGCAUACUGAAUCUGUGCACAAAGACCUUCGGAGAGUCCAUGAAAUGAGAGAUGGCUCCAUGACAGGUUGCCUCCACUCAGUUGGGUCUGAUCUUACUUGUACCUGGGAGCUUCCAGAGCUGCAGCAGAAUGUGUCCAUGCAGAGCGGCCAAGAAGCUGCUGCAGUGGACAAGGAUACUAGGACUCCUACAAGUGUGCGUGAGGUACAGACCGGUCAGAUAUAG